AUGGCUUCAAGGUUACUUCGUGGAGCUGGAGCACUGGCUGCGCAGGCCCUGAGGGCCUGUGGUCCCAAUGGGGUGGCCGUGGUGUGCUCCAUGGCAUCUGGAGGUGGCGUUCCUACUGAUGAUGAGCAGAUGACUGGAUUGGAGAUGGAGGUCAUGAUGGUUGCAGGGAAGGGACUGGACCUAUACAGUAUAUUACCCCCAAAGGCAGUUUCAGGCACCAAGGAAGACCCUAAUUUAGUUUCCUCCAUCACCAACAAGAAUAUAGUGGGCUGCAUCUGUGAAGAGGACAACAGUGCUGUCAUCUGGUUUUGGCUGCACAAAGGCGAGACCCAGUAG